GAAAGCAGUUCUCUGGGACCACCUUCUUUUGGCUUCCACCUCUCCCACACUUGACAUCUGAGCAGCUGCGAAGGAAGCUCCUCCAGGUCCUAGUGUUUAUACGUGCAGGAGACUGGCCGCUAAGGCUCAGGACUGGGAUUAGCCGGCUCUGCUCAAAUGCAAACGCGCGCGGCUUUUACUUUUGGAGUGAGUGGGGGAAAGUCUUAGGAUUUCCAGUGAAAAGUGACAGCGCUUGGUGGACAUUCGGACCGUCCGUGAAGUCUUCUGCUUGGAAGCCGAAACUUGCAUGCCAUGGAACACCCCCUCUUUGGCUGCCUGCGCAGCCCCCACGCCACAGCGCAAGGCUUGCACCCCUUCUCCCAGUCUUCUCUGGCCCUCCAUGGAAGAUCUGACCACAUGUCCUACCCCGAACUCUCCACAUCUUCCUCGUCUUGCAUAAUCGCGGGAUACCCCAACGAGGAGGGCAUGUUUGCCAGCCAGCAUCACAGGGGGCACCACCACCACCACCACCAUCACCAUCACCACCACCAGCAGCAGCAGCACCAGGCUCUGCAAAGCAACUGGCACCUCCCGCAGAUGUCCUCUCCACCAAGCGCGGCCCGGCACAGCCUGUGCCUGCAGCCUGAUUCGGGAGGGCCCCCGGAGCUGGGAAGCAGCCCUCCGGUCCUGUGUUCCAACUCAUCUAGCCUGGGCUCCAGCACCCCUACCGGGGCCGCGUGCGCACCAGGGGAUUAUGGCCGUCAAGCGCUGUCACCCGCAGACGUAGAGAAGAGAAGUGGCAGCAAAAGGAAAAGCGACAGCUCAGAUUCCCAGGAAGGAAACUACAAGUCAGAAGUGAACAGCAAACCUAGGAAGGAAAGAACAGCUUUUACCAAAGAGCAAAUCAGAGAACUAGAGGCAGAAUUUGCCCAUCAUAAUUAUCUGACCAGACUGAGAAGAUAUGAGAUAGCAGUGAAUCUAGACCUCACUGAAAGACAGGUGAAAGUGUGGUUCCAGAACAGGAGAAUGAAGUGGAAGCGGGUCAAAGGGGGACAGCAAGGAGCUGCUGCCCGAGAAAAGGAACUGGUGAAUGUGAAAAAGGGAACGCUUCUUCCGUCAGAGCUGUCAGGAAUCGGUGCAGCCACCCUCCAGCAGACAGGGGACUCACUAGCAAACGAGGACAGCCGCGAUAGUGACCACAGCUCUGAGCACGCACACUUAUGAUACCUACAAAGACCAGCUCCAUUCUCAGGAAAGCACCAUUGUGAUGGCAAACCUUACCGAACAUCGUUUACAUGGCAGAUGUCUGUGGCAGUGUGGCUUAGUAUAAUUAAAUGCAGGCAUCUCGAGUCUGUGUCUCAUGAUGGAUAGACGGUUUACACUAAGUGCCUUUUAUUGAAGAUGCUUCCACAGUGAAAUUGGAGAAAGCGAACGUAUUCCAAAUACACUUGUUCCUAUAUAUGACAGAGAGGGAGAUGGAUGUUUGCUUUGGCUUGCACUGAAAAUUAAAUUUGCUACCAAGAGCAAACUUGAUAAGACGUUUUUACUCAAGAUGUCUCCAGAGUGAAGAUGUUAAAAAUAAAAAAUGCUUUGAACAUUCCAGUUGUGCCAGGUCAUGUGUGUGACACUAGGCAGGUAUUUGCUUUUGCUUGCACUGAAAAUUAAACUGCUAUCAAGUUAAUCCAUGAAAUAGUUUAUCUUGAACAGCCACAGUGCCUGAAAUCACCAAGUGGAUAUAAAAUGUACUGAAACUCUGUAUAUAUUACCCCUAAGUCAUUUUUCCUGUCUUCACUAAUUUUAGCAAAUGCAUUCAUAUUAGCUGAUUAAAAAUAGGCUUUUCCAUUGACAAACACAGCCAGCUUCUUGUAUUUUUAUACAUUUGUGUCAGACAGAGAAAAUCAGUAUGUGCUUACUUGUGUUCAAGUAGAUAAAAUGCAGUAGAGUCUGAUAGGACAUAUCCUUGUACCACAGACAAAGCAAAUCUUCUGUUGCAUUGACUAUCAACUGCUGCAGAUACAUUAGAGAACAUACCUAGCUCCCCUCCAGCCUUCUUCUCUUAUAUCUUGAAAGACAUUAGGAUCAUAGGCAAAUCAGUUACCUUGCAGAACGAGUCUUGUGCGGCAAAUGUCUGAUUUUACAUCUUUAAGUUGUUAAUGUUUAUGGGUCUGAUUCAAUUAACAGGGAAAAGCUUUCUUCCUCCUUGUUUAUGAUAUAAAACCAAGUGCCAAACAAAGCUAAUUCUUCAAGAGAAUAGUUGAGAAACUGAAUGUCUGACAAUUAGACUCUGAAAGUGCAUUAUUUUUCAUAUGCUCUAUAUUCAUGCAGAACAAGUUCUUGUAUUUUGUAAAAAAAAAAAGAUAAAUAAAUGAUCCUUGAAAUAA